AUAUUAAAGAUGUCUGGAGGUGGAAAAGUGAAAGCGAAGGGAACAAAAUCAAAGACUCGUCCAUCAAGAGCCGAACUUCAAUUUCCUGUUGGUCGUAUUCAUCGUCGGUUGAGAAAAGGCAACUAUGCCGAGAGAGUUGGUGCUGGUGUUCCAGUUUAUUUGGCUGCAGUUCUCGAGUAUUUGUCUGCUGAGUUAGCAGGAAACGCAGCUCGUGAUAACAAGAAGAGAAUUAUUCCAAGACAUUUACAAUUGGCCGUAAGAAAGGAUGAAGAAUUAAAUAAAUUGUUGUCAAAUGUCAUUAUCCCUCAAGUGGAGGUACUGCCUAACAUUCAAGCUGAAAUAAACACACUAAAACUUAUAUUUGAAAACUCCAAAGCUUCCAUCAAGGAACUUUGGUUGGGGGAGACAUCAAAUACCUAUGAUGGGGGUGUUCCAGGUGUAUCAAACAGUUACAUAGCUGGCUUUAUGUGGUUGGAUAAGUUGGGCUUGGCAGCUAGAAGUGGACACAGUGUUGUAAUAAGACAAACAUUUUAUGGAGGUUCAUAUGAUCUUGUUGAUCAAAAUACAUUUGACCCCUUUCCUGAUUACUGGUCCUCUUACUUGUACAAAAUGCUCGUUGGACAGCGUGUAUUAAAAGUUGUUGAAGGUAUGUCUUUGGGUCGAGCUCUUCGAGUGUAUGCUCAUUGUAUUUCUCAGAAAUCAGGCUACACUUCUGAUAGUAUUGUACUCAUUGCUCUUAAUACUAAACAUACUGAAGCAAAGAUAAUAUUGACAAAAAAAUUUGAAAAGUUGACAAUACAUCAGUAUUUGUUGACACCAUGUGAAACUGGCAACCUUACAUCUCAGAAAGUGAAAUUAAAUGGCAAGCUGUUGGAAAUGUUAAACAACAAAACAUUACCACAUCUUCAACCUAAACCCAUAUCAGCAGACAAUAUCAUUUUACCACCAGUGUCGUAUGGUUUCUACGUAAUUCUUGAAACACAGCUGCAGGUUUGCAAGAUGCCUUGCAGUAAGAAGAAUUUCAAAGCUAAGAAUGUUUUGCAUGUUUAAUUUGAUUCAAGUAAAGAAUGGAAAAGUUUCUUGUGCAUUGUUGAAAAUGAAAGUUUAGCCAUUUGGAGAAAUAAUAAAUGUAGCUUUAUAAUCAAUUUAUAGAAAAUAUUAAACUUGGUUACAUAUCACAGCAACUUUUACAAAUGGAUUGCCACUACUAGCAAUCCUACUAUUCUACUACAUUUUUAGUAUGAGAGGAUAGACUUGUUCAACUGUGAUAAUAAUUACUAUUAAAAAUACAGUUUAUAUAUCUGAUAAA